CAUGAGUCUGGCUCUGAUGGGACUCGGUUGGGGAGAACUUAGCAGCACAACUACUAGCCGGCCUGACACCUGGCAGCCUCGCCCACAGUCCGGAACUACAACUCCCGGCAUACCCCGCGCGGAGGAGCCGCCACGUGAUGCCGGAUGUGCACGAGUGUUGACGUCCGCACUCGCUGUCGGCAGCUGCUGGUCCUGGGCAGAUGAGACGGGGUUAUAGAGGGGAUCCUGGGGGUCGGAGGAGUCUCCGGUGACGGUGAAUACAGGCUGCCGCUCAUGAGGAAGCGAAUGUGAGGCCCGCAGGAUCUGAAGCCAUGGAUUUCCCGGGGUCCCCCCGUAGUGCGUCCGCCACUCGGAGGUUCUUUGCACGGUACACACAUCACCACUUGGCCGUCUUCCUCCUGACUUUCUUCAGCUACGCCCUUCUGCACGCGUCCAGGAAGGCGUUCAGUAACGUGAAGGUCAGCAUCAGUAAUCAGUGGACUCCGUCCGGUUUAAACACCUCGGUGUACAAUGUGGACCCCAACAAGACUUGGAAUGACAAUCAUCUCUUCCCUAACCCUGAAUCUGCCACCAUCUUCCUGGGGUUACUAGAUACCAUCUUCCUCUUCUCGUAUGCAGUGGGUCUCUUCAUCAGCGGCAUCAUAGGAGACCGGCUAAACAUGCGAUACGUGCUGACCUUUGGCAUGUGUUCCUCAGCGGUAACGAUGUUCGUGUUUGGCACGGUCACUGAGUGGCUGCACUUCUAUAACAAGAUCUUCUACUGCCUGAUGUGGGUGAUUAAUGGUCUGCUGCAGUCCACAGGCUGGCCCUGCGUGGUAGCAGUCAUGGGGAACUGGUUCGGGAAAUCUGGACGGGGCGUUAUAUUCGGGCUGUGGAGUGCUUGUGCAUCUGUUGGGAAUAUUUUAGGAGCCUUUCUUGCAUCUUCUGUGUUAAAAUAUGGAUAUGAGUACGCUUUCCUGGUCACCGCCUCUGUGCAGUUUGCUGGAGGUUUAAUUAUCUUCUUUGGCCUGGUGACCUCUCCUAAAGAGCUGGGUCUAUCGGACGCCGGGGAAAAAGAGCGUGAGGGUGAAGGCCAAGCGGAGGAGGUGAAUAGACCCCUCAUGAGUGAGGAUAACGACGCAGACAAUGAAACGGGUUAUUCUAUACAGGCUGCCGACAACGACGGUUCUACCAAAGCCAUUGGAUUUGUGCAGGCCUGCUGCUUACCUGGAGUCUUACUGUAUUCAUUGGCCUAUGCCUGUCUGAAGCUGGUGAACUACUCCUUCUUCUUCUGGCUUCCUUUCUACCUGAGCAUCAACUUUUGCUGGAAGGAGGCCGAGGCGGACCAGCUGUCUAUCUGGUACGACAUUGGCGGCAUUAUAGGUGGCACCAUCCAGGGGUUUAUAUCCGACUUGAUGCAGAAAAGAUCCCCCGUCCUGGCCGUCAGUCUGGUGUGUGCCGUGGGCGCACUGUUCGGAUACAGCCGCUCCCCCAACAACAAGCCGCUCAACGCAUUUCUCAUGAGUAUAACAGGGUUCUUCAUCGGCGGUCCCUCUAACAUGAUCAGCUCGGCGAUCUCUGCAGACCUGGGCCGCCAGGAGAUGGUGAGAGGCAGCAGUGAGGCUCUGGCCACAGUUACUGGGAUUGUGGAUGGUACAGGAAGCGUCGGCGCCGCUCUGGGACAAGUUCUGGUUUCAGUGAUCCAAGGUGCCCUGAACUGGAUGUGGGUCUUCUAUUUCUUCAUCCUUAUGACCCUUAUGAGCCUUGUAUUCAUCAUUCCACUCAUUGUGCGGGAGAUCAGGCCAGCGGGGAGGAACAGACGAACAGAUCGAAUAGCGGCGUGACAAUUAAAUUUACUGACACCUGUUUACACCCAACUUGAAUCCGAUUUGGGAAUGUAAAGUACAAACACCGAGGACAGAGCAGCACGAGAACAAGGAAUUGUGGAUUAACAUUGGCCAUAUUUGGAAAAUAUUUUUUGCAAAUCCUUCAACCGGUUCAUUUGAAAGCAAGUUAACACUAUUCGUUUUAUUGGUGUGUUUUUGUUUUUUUUAACGUGUAUUUUUGUAUUCCUAUUUUGCAGCCCUAUGGGCUUUCACAAAAUGAAACGUGACAUUUCUACGGUUUACAAAAAUGGAUCGGUUUACCUGUUGUCUUUCACAGUCUCCAUUUUUAUGUUCAGGAUUUUUUAUUAUUGUUUUGUUUUUUUUCCAGCACAUGCACAAAACACUUUGUGAAUAAGAAAAACAAAAAACUUUUGUUACUACAAAAAAAAAAAAACAUUGGCAAAACACUUACGGCAAUGCUUUAUCGCCUCCAAAAAUUUUUUAUUGAAAGAUGUUCAUACAUUUACUGUGCCUAAAAGAAACGUAAAGGGAAGUACAUGAACUGAGAAGAUAAAUUGACAUCAGUGAUAUAA